UUCCUUCUUCUUCUUCUUCUUCCUUCAACACAAUCUCAAUUUCUUCUAAAUCGGAAUCGGAAUCGAAAUCGGAAACGAUGUCUUGCUCUGUCGCUGUGUGUAACUCACCGGUCUUUUCACCGUCAUCUUCUCUAUUCUGUAACAAACCUUCUUUGAUCCUCUCUUCGCCGCAAGAAUCAUCUCUCUCUCUAACUCUCUCUCAUCUCAAACCUCAAACCUCUUCUCCUUCGUCUCCUUCUUCAACCGCCGCCGUUUCUUCUCCUAAAUCUCCGUUUCGUCUCCGGUUCCAAAAACCUCCGACCACCGGAUUCGGUCCUGUUCCUCCGUUAGCUUUCGGAUCUGACUCUGUUUCCGCUGCAAGCCAGUCGUCGUCUCCUCCGGGAGGGGCUUUGAAAAGGAAAAGACCGACGAGGCUUGAUAUACCGAUUGGUACUGCUGGAUUCGUAGCUCCGUCGGCGAAGGGUGUGGUUGCGACGACGCCGAGGGAGGAGCGUAGUGAGGUUGAGAGGGAUGGUGAUGGCUACUCUGUUUAUUGUAAGAGAGGACGAAGAGAAGCUAUGGAGGAUCGUUUCUCUGCUAUCACUAAUCUUCAUGGAGAUCGCAAACAGGCGAUAUUUGGAGUAUAUGAUGGUCAUGGAGGAGUUAAGGCGGCUGAGUUUGCAGCUAAGAACUUAGAUAAGAACGUUGUAGAAGAGAUAGGUGUUAAGAGAGACGAGUCUGAGAUAGCUGAUGCUGUGAAACGUGGUUACCUUAUGACUGACGCUGCGUUUCUUAAGGAGAAAGAUGUUAAAGGUGGUUCUUGCUGUGUCACGGCUCUAGUUAGAGAGGGUAGCCUUGUGGUGGCUAAUGCUGGUGACUGUCGUGCUGUUAUGAGUGUAGGAGGUGUGGCUAAGGCGCUUUCUUCUGAUCACCGUCCGUCUAGAGACGAUGAAAAGAAGAGAAUCGAAACCACGGGUGGUUAUGUUGAUACGUUUCACGGUGUUUGGAGAAUUCAGGGAUCUUUAGCUGUGUCGAGAGGAAUUGGAGAUGCUCAGCUUAAGAAGUGGGUUAUUGCCGAGCCAGAGACGAAGGUUUCGAGGAUUGAGCAGGACCAUGAGUUUUUGAUCUUGGCGUCUGAUGGUUUAUGGGACAAAGUGAGUAACCAAGAAGCCGUUGAUAUUGCUCGUCCUUUGUGUUUAGGAAACGAGAAGCCGUUGUUGUUGGAGGCUUGUAAGAAGCUUGUCGAUCUCUCGGCUUCACGAGGCUCGUCGGAUGAUAUUAGUGUGAUGUUGAUCCCUUUGCACCAGUUCAUGUAGAAAAAGAGAAGAGAAGCAGCAUCGUAGAAGAUUUUAGAUAUGUGACGUUUAGAAAUUUGGAGGCUUUCUAUGAUUUAGUACUUUUAACUUGAUUCAUUCAUUUGUUUAUUCUUUCUAACUUAGUGGAAAAAAACAAGAUAAAACUCAAUGGUGUAGCCUAUGAUUCUUGUAUGAUUUGAGCUUUGGUCGAAAUUAAUCUAAUUAUCAGUUCGUUAUUA